AUGGCUCAGGAGUCUGCUGCUACCAGUGCGGCGGAGCUGAGCUCUACUCUGGCGGCAGAGUCCGCCGGUGAGUCAGCUGUUCAUCGUGUUGGCGGAUCGGAGCUGCCGGCCCAGACACUGCAGGCGCGGCGGCGGCAGGCUGCCGGCCGGGACGGUGGUGGUGGCGGUGGCCGGGGCCGGCCCGCUGGAUCCUGCAGCCGCUGUCUGCGCCGCCACCGUCCGGAGUCGUGUCCCUUCCGCACAAAGCAGUGCUUUCGAUGCGGUCAGUUGGGACACAUCCGGGCGGUCUGUGCCAGAUGGAGUCAGCCGCAGCAUCUACGUCAGCUAGAAGAGGACGACAGCGGUGCGGUGGCGACCACUGAGACCCGGUCCGGUGGCGAGGACCCGCCGGGUGAGUCCGUCGCUCUGGUGGACAGCGAGGUGUAUGCCCUGUUCAACCUGCGUCCGGAGGCGGUGAAGCGGCGCCCGCCGCUGCUGGUGGACCUCGCGCUGGACGGACGGCCGGUGAAGAUGGAGGUGGACACGGGGGCAGCUGUCUCCGUCUGUUCUGCUGCCGGCUUCAGACGUCUGUGGCCCGACCACGGGCCCGAUCUGCUGCCCUGCUCUGUACACCUGAAGACCUACAGCGAGGAGGCACUCUCCGUGCUGGGCCAGGUGUUGGUGGACGUGGACUACGCUGGUCGGGUGGUCCGUCUACCUCUCGUCGUGGUCGACGGAGCCGGACCGCUCCUGCUCGGACGGAACUGGCUGGACCACAUCCGGCUGGACUGGCCGGCCAUCUGCCGGGUCCAGGAGCAGGCUCGGGUGGAUGGCAUCCUGGAGGAGUUCCCGGAAGUUUUCCAAGAUGGGCUGGGGUGCUACACCGGAGGAGAGGUCAACAUCGAGGUCGACCCUGACGUCCAGCCGCGCUUUUUUAAGCCGCGCACCGUUCCACUGGCCUACCGUGAAGAGGUCGACGCCCAGCUGGAGCAGGGGAUCAGAGACGGUCUCUGGGAACCUGUUCGACACAGAGACGUCCCCGCCGGCACCUCCGGAGGAGCCCGUAGAUCGGGAGCCGCCUGAGGCCGCGGCGGUGCGGCUGCGGGACCGGUCACCAGUCGCUCCGCUGCCGGCUGCUGAUCUGCCCAGGCCGUCCGAGGCCGGCGACGGUGAUUCGUCGGUGAGCCGGGACCCCAGCCGCGCCGUCGUGUCGCCGCGAUAUCGUCUGCGGGACCGAACCCGUAUACCGCGGCCCGAUCGGCUCGUGUAUGAGUGACCAUUGUUUAUUCGUGUUGGUGUCAUCCGUGAUAUCUGCGUUGUGAACAGAAGUGUGUUACGUCUUUGUUAGCCGUGGUGGAGGGAUGUUAUAGUUUGCCGCCCUUGCGCGCUGUCCCGCCACCCUGCGGUUGUGUGUCUGGCGCCGCCACUGUGCUGUGCACCGUCCGCGCUCACCGCCGCGGUGCACCUGGCGCCGCCGCUGUCCACUGUGCACUGUCACGUGACCGCCUGCGGCGGUAGGGUGAAUUCCGUGGUGUCUGAGACGAAUACAGCCAGUUGGAACCGAG